AUGCGUCUCUACUGCAUAGUGUUGCUCCUCGUGUCGUCUUCGCUCGCGAGUCGCAGUGGCGGCGGAAGCCACCGCCCCUCUCACUCCUACCCGCACUCCACCGGGUACUCGGGGACGAGCCACGGGGGCGGCUCGUAUUAUCCCCAUUCGACGGGCCUCUCCGGAAAUUCUAACGGAUAUAACACGCGCAAUUAUAAUCAGCAACAGUAUUCAUCACGAGGUAACUACAGCCCCAAAUCUGAAGUCCAUCAUCACUACCACUAUAGCCCUCCGCAACAAAUUACCUACGGUACCACUUACCAUCCUGUCUAUCACGGAACGCCACCCGUAUAUGUUUAUGAAUACAGAGACUCUGGAAGCAGAUUCGAUAACUUACUGACCGGUCUAGCUCUGUACAAUCUAGGCCGUUUAUCAGCAAACAGGCACGAUCAUAAUUACGAUUCCCGCAGAGAGUACAGUGGAACUCCAGGUGAAAUAUGCAAACUAGGCAUAAGAAAACUAACCGGCGAGUAUGAAGAAACUCGGAUCGACUGUAAGUUGAUGUCGAGCUUUAUUUGGGAAGCGAACGUUACACCGGGCGGACUGGAUGUAUCAUUAAAAACGGUAUCUACAACAGUCACAAAUACGACCAGCAGUGCCAAUGUUACUGCUACUAACACUUCAGUAACGACAGUGACAGUGACGGAUGCCUUGACGAGUAAAGGUCCUUCAAUACAGGUGACCUCUGGCAUGACUUGUUACAUGAUCCGUCUAUCCAGUUACUCCACCGUAAAGAAAAAUGUUGAAUGUGGACUGUUACAGGAGUACGCUCGAACUUCAAUGCGUCGAAAUGGUUCAGAGAGUUUGAAGCCUGUGAUGGCGAUACUACUAAAUUUGAUAUUGUGUAAUACUUUAUCUUUCGUUUUGUAUUUAUAA